GUGGGGUUGGGUCUGUACACUGCGUUGCAAGUGGCCAUCUGUCUAGACACCCCAGAGAACGACCCGCAGGGCUGCGUCUGGAGCAGCUUGCUGCUGCUGCUGCAGGAGCUGCGGGCUUCCAAUCCUCUGCUAUUUCUGCCCUUCUCGGCCCAUGCGCCGGGGCUGUUGCUUCCAGAGGCAGCAGAUGCCCCGCAGCAGCAGCAGCAGCAGCCGCAGCAGCAAGAGGUGCUGAAGCAGCUGAGCGAAGUGGAGGCGCCGCACGUCUGCUGCCUUCUAGGGUGUCUUGGGUCUCACUGCGACGUCAGCUUGCCGAGCGCCGCAGCAGCAGGAACAGCAGCAGCAGCAGCAGCACGGCAGAACCACCUGGUGGCUGUAGGCUGUUUUGUGGCUCAGGCCGCGUCGACGCUGAUGCACUUGCACAUGCAGCAGCAGCUGGAGAAGCACCAGCUGACAGCAGGCGCGUUUAUGGGCCUGCAGCACCUUUCCGAGGUGCGUAACUUUUUGUUUGGAAUUGGGACUCCCCCCUGCUGGCUGCCGCUGCAGCGAGAGCUUGCUGCCUCUCUGUGCAGCAGCAAGAACCCUGCGGCUGCAGCAGCUGCGGCAGCAGCCCGUGCAGGCUCGCUGGAUCCGGGUGUGGCAGCAGGCGCUGCUGCUUUUGCUGCAUGCACGUCUAUGCCCUGUGGC